AUGUCAGGUGCAUUCUUUUCGCACAUCAAGUACAAGCCAGACUCCCAGGAACAACGCAUUAAAGAGGAGGCUAUAGCUAAAUGGGUAGCUCGGACAGCCCACCCUCCACGGACAGUAGAAGAUGAGGAAUUCAUCAACAUGAUGGAGAAAAUAGAUAAAAGACUGACUGUGCCAAAAAAGACCAAAAUUACAAAUCUAGUGGACCAAAUGUACCUAGCUGAAAAGGACAGUAAAGCUGAACACAUACUACUGAACCUAAAGCAAAUGGUUCACCCACACACUGCUAAUUCUAUUGUCACUCUUGUGGAGGAAUGCACAGAAGAAUGGGGGAUCCCAAAGGAAAAAAUUAUCAUGAUAAUAACUGAUAAUGGAAGCAACAUGGUUUCUGCAUUUCGCGUUGAAGAAGAGGACACCAGUUCUGAUGAGAACGAUUCCAACAAGGAUAGUGAUGAAGAGGAAGAGGCAGACGAAAGAUAUGGAACCUUGGAGAGGACCCCAUGUGUGGUCCAUACCCUUCAGCUUGUCGUCAACAUGGUAAAAAAGGAACAAGCAAUCAAACGUCUACUGGACAAGGUCCGGCAUCUGGUGAGACAGUUUCGCAAAUCAUCUGUUGCCACAGAACGGUUGCUGGAACAAUGUGGACUCAUUCUCAUCAAAGACUGUGAAACCAGAUGGUCCAGUUCUUUUUUGAUGUUGUCUCGUUUACUCGAAGUAAAGGACCACGUGACAUCGGUGGCUGACACCAUGGGCUGGGACUGCCUGCUGCCCAGUGAAUGGCAGAAGGUGGCCAUCCUCAAAGAUUUGCUCCUUCCAUUUGCAGAACACACAAAGGUGCUUGAAAGUGACACGUGUUGUUUCUCCCUGGUUGUCCCUGCAAUACUGGAUUUGAGGAGCCACCUUUCAGACUUCUCCCUUGCUCAUGCCAGGAGCUACAGGGAUGUAGCUACACUGGCACAGAAGAUGUCUGCAAACAUGGAUUUACGCUUCAGCUGUUUUCUGGAUGUGUCGGCAAGCAACUUUUCUCCUCUUGCUGCAGCUGCUUGUUUUGUUGACGCUAGUGUGUCAGCAGAGACCCUGAUUGACAAUGAUAAUGACGACAUACAGAAUCUCCUCAGUAAAGCUGAAGAGUACAUCACUCGCAGUGUACCAUACCAGGAAGAGGUGACAGAUGAUGAGGACAUUAGAAAUGCAGAGGUCUCAGAGGUGCCUCUGCAAAAGCGGCCUAGAUUCAGGUUUUUUAGUGCCCAUCGGCCAUCAUCAAAGCCAAAGACCUCCAAGGCCUCCAUCAGACAAGAGGUCCAAAAAUUCAAAGAAUCCCUGUCCCAUGCAAACCCAGAAGAAUCCGGCAUGGAUUUCUGGUCUUCUCAAAGCUCCACCAUGUAUCCACUGCUGAAACCCCUGGCAUUAGACCUUCUGGCAAUGCCAGCUUCCGAAGCGUUUGCAGAGCGGGUCUUUAGUUUAACUGGAGACCUUUCAAGUGGCCGCCGCAACAGAGCAAGAAUUACAUUAGAAAGAAGUGCUUUUCUAAAACUUAACAAAGUCUAG